AUGAGCACUGUGUCGAUCAGCAAGUCCCCGUCGGUGUUAGUCGCACCAUCGGAGGCGACGGUCAACGGCGGCGACAUCAUUCUCUCGUCUUAUGACAAGAUGUUUGGUGGUAGAUCAGUUACGGUGUUCUUCAUCUUCGAGUAUCCAAUCCAAGAUCCCAUCGAGACGAUCAAAAGGGGAUUGUCCCAAGCACUUGUCCACUACUACCCUAUCGCUGGCCGCCUUGCUGCCGGGGCCGCAGCCGGCGAGUUCGUCAUCAGAUGCACCGGAGAGGGGGUGUCCUUCGUUGCGGCGUCUGCCAACUGCGCCAUCAAGGACGUCCGAGAGUUUUGUGACUCGUCGCUGCAAGAGGAGCUCGCCGUCUUGUACGCGGACGAGGGUUUCAGCUACUCUGAGCCAUUGAUGCUGAUGCAGGUGACCGUCUUCUCUUGCGGCGGGUUCGUCAUUGGGGUGACGUUGAACCAUUCCGUUUGUGAUGGCAUCGGGAUGGCGCAGUUCAUGCAGGCGAUGGGAGAGCUCGCCCGCGGGCUACCGUCGCCGUCCGUCAUCCCGGUGAGGUCCAAGGAUUCGUUCGUGUUGGACCUGCCUCCAUUUUCCACAAACUUUGUUCGCUUUCUGGGCACCCUCCAGCCCUCUCCAAUGGAGUUCCUGGACAUUACUGUGCCAUCAAGCUUAAUCAACCGCAUCAAACGCACGUAUACCAUGAAUUACGGGCAGCCAUGCUCCGUGUUCGAGGCAGUUGCCGCAGUUCUAUGGCGGUGCCGAACCCGUGCAAUCAUGUCCGAUCCGGCGGCCCUCGCCGUGCUUACAUUCCCAGCAAACGCACGAAAGCAUGCGGUUGCCAGGGAGGGCUUCUACGGCAACUGCGUCACCGCACAGCUGGUCAUGGCGACGAGCGGCGCGAUGGCGGACGGCGACAUCAUGGAGCUAGUGAAGAUGAUCCAGCAUGCCAAGGAUCGGGUGCCCGGCCAGACAGAGAUCGACGAGAUGCGGCAGUUGGAUGGGUACAAUCUUUUCCUCAUGUCGUGUUGGCGAAACCUCGGCAUGGAGGAGAUUGACUUAGGCUUUGGACCGCCGGCGAGAUUGAUGGAGUACACGCAGGUAAGGACGAAGCUGCCGAGCUGCGCGACGUGCGUCCCUUGCAAGGACGAGUACAACGUGCAGUCCUUGUGCGUGAAGGAGGAGCACGCCGACGCGUUCCUCCAAGAAUUAGCUAAAAUCGACCUCACUUAUAAUCCGCUUUCCGUUUCAUCCAAGCUUUGA